AUGUCUUCAGAAGACGAGAAACACAAGACUUCGGAGCAGUUCUCGGGAGGCGUUCCACCCGUCGCCCCCACCACCUCCUCAGCGGGAGGCGCCCCUCCCACGCCGCGCACCGCCGACAAGAGCCUCUCGACGCUGGAGAAGAUAAAGCGCUUCUUCUUCUCGAAGGAGGAAUGGGAGGCCUAUCUGUUGGAGCGCUUGGAGGAAGAGAACCGCAAGAAAGAGUCGUCCGGACAGAGGGCGCCCCGAGAGCUGCACCGAAACGUCACGCUGUGGUUGGAGACGAUGUUCGCGACGCCCGAAGAGGCGGACCUCUUCCUCCGCAGUCAACUCGACAAACUUCAGAGCGAACGCAGCGCUAAAUAAACUCUUUUAUUGCAAUCAAA